GUGGGACGAGGGCGGCAAGGUGCCCGACUGGCUCGCGGACCUGGUGCCCGACGCCAACAAAGCCCCGAAGCCGCCCCCAGGCAUCUCCCCCGACAACUACAAGGUCCUCAGGCUGGAGGGCUCGCAGGCUCCCCCGCGUGCCCGCCAGGGGGUGGCGAGACGAUCAAGGGGAUCCGGGAAAGGAGCGGCGCGGACAUCAAGAUCGAGCACGUGCCCACGGAUCCCGAGGGCACUGCGACGAUCAUCGGCGACGUCCAGAAAACCGAGGAGAUGAUCAAGGAGGCCCUUGCGAGCAAGGGCUACCCGCUGUUGCCUCCUGGCGAGAGGAAGAUGCAACUGCUGCCUGGCGGCAUGCCGCAGAUGCCGGGCCUGAACGGUGCGUCAGGACCGCUGGGCGGGGCGCCGGUGCCCAUGGUGCCCCCGGGGGGCAUGCUGCCCCCCGCGGGGGGCAUGCAGGCGCCGCUGGCCCUCCCGCCCCUGGCGGGCGGGGCGGCGCAGCCAGGGAUGCUCCCGCCGGUCGCGAGGCCGCAGGGGAUGGACCCCAGCGCAGAUGUAGAAGUUCCGGCGGAGCUGGUGCAGCUUCUGAUCGGGCCUGGCGGCGCCAACCUCAAGGACAUCCGCGCCAGGACGGGUGACAGGGUCUACAUCUCCGUGAUGCCUGCCUCCAUGCCAGGUGGCCCGCAGUAUGUCCGCUGCGUCGGCGAGGCCAGCGAGAUGGCCAAGGGGCUCGUGCGAGCGAAGCUGGAGGAGCUGAGGCCUGGCGCGGGCCAGCUCCAGGGCCCCGGGGCGUGCGCCCCCCUGCAGCCGCAGGUGCCCAGCUUCGGCGCAGGCACGCCUGGCUGCCGGCCCGUCCUCGCGCGACCGUACCUCGCGGGCGGCUGCGGCGGCUGCGGCGGCUGCGGGGUCAUAUCGGGCGCGUCCGCCAAGUCCGGCCACGCCAGCGUCUACAUGAGCUAUGAUAAGACCGCCUACAAGCCAGGACGGGACCAGAAGGGCGCCGAUUGGCACGCGCAGAGCUCCAGCUGGGACCAGCAGAGCCACGAACCCGACAAAAAGUCCGACGACGAAGACCGGAACUUCAAGAUCGACCAGCAUUGCAACGGCGACCAGGACGGUAACGGAGCGCGUUGGUGCGAGGGCCUGGCCAGAGGCCAGCGGGCUAACGACACCCGGCGUGACUUCCUCACCGCGGCGAAGGAAGAGAUCGACGAGUUACCUUUCGUCUUCUUGAAGGUUCGUGAGAUGGACGAGGUUUUCGAUUCGGUGUUGCAGCUGUUCGGGUACGUUCAGAACUUAGGGGAGCAAGAGUUUUUGACGUACUUCGCGUCCCAGGGAACUCGCGCUCGACAUCUGGUUCGGAACGGUAUCUCGGGCAUCCGGGGCAAAAUCAAGGAUCGUGUGCGGUGCCUGGGGCCCCGCAUUCUGGUGCGUGACUCCAAGCAUCAGGAGGUCGCUAGGAGAUGUUCGGCAGCGCGGACUGCAUUCUACAGGGUUGGCGGCAUCUGGUCGCUGGCGAUCUCUUUUAAGCUGCGCAAGCUCUUGCUGGUGGGCAAUGCGCAGAAUGCCAUCCUCUCUGGCUUGGAAGCGUUUGUUCUCAGCAAGGCCGAUCGCCGUCGCUUGGGCAGUUGCUUGGCCUCGCUGGCUCGGUUGGCGAUGCUGGCUUCCCCGUGGCUGAGCCAGAUGACGCGCGAUCUCGAGUUUGCCGCAGGUGUCGUCGAUAGCGAGGCGAUCGAUGUGCUUCUCAACGACAUGAACACGUUCAAUACUAAGGGGGAGAUGAAGGAUUUUUGUGCACUAGAUAUGGGGGUGCUCAGGGCAUCGAGCAUCUUCCGUGGAAGUUGCCUCCAUUCAGUGCCGAACAUAGUGCGCGUCAGAGAGCGGCCCAAGAUGGAGCUGGCGAUGCCAUCGUGGUUCAGCGGCAAGAAGCGCGAGGGCGACAAUGCAGAACCGCCCAGCGCUGGAGCAGCAGGCAGCGCGGCGGGAGGCCGCGCGAAGACGGCCAAGAAGGGCGACAGGGGCGGCAAGGGCGGCGAGGACAUGGCGAAGGUCGUGGCGCAGGUUGUGCGCCUGCUGCUCACCGUGACGCGCGAGCUCGGGGACGUGGCCAGCGUCGUGUUCCUCAGGUGGGACAUCGCCCUCGAUCGAGGGCUUCCAGCGUGCCUGGCUGUGUCAGGCAAGAAGUGCGACGACCAGAGCAAGGACAUGAGGGCCAGGCAGGCCGAGGGAGUGGAGCAGGACUUCAAAGCGAGGGGUCCGCCACACAUUCAUAUAUCUGCGUCGGCAAUGCAGAGUUGCGCCGCGCGAGCUCCUACAGCGGGGUCUACGGAGGAGGCCGAGAAGACACUCAAGCAGGACAGCAAGGACUGGUGGACACAGCACAUGAGGGAGGAAAUGCCGUUGAAGGAGAUCGGGAGGGCAGUGCCGUACUUCAGGUGCAAGCCCCUGCGCAGGGAGAACAGGUGUGCCAUCGUGACGAGGGCGGACUUCAACAAACCAAUGGGUGUGGAAGCGCCUCGAAACCUGGAGGCGGUGAUCGAGGCCGAGGGCGGCGAGUUCCUGCUGGGAUCGGCUCUGAUGGGGGCGAAGAGACUCAUCCAGUCCAGGAUAUCGGUGCCCGAGCCGUCCGACCUCCCGGCGGGGGUGCCGCCGACCGCAGUGAAGAGCCCGCCGGCGACGAGGAUGCCGCCGCCGGUAUCAGCACUCGCGGCACAGCAAUUGCACUCCAACCAGAUGAAGACCUUGCUCGACCAAAUGCACGUCAUGGCACAGCAGCUCGCCGAGGUUCAACUGGGCCUUGCGACAGUUCCAGUUCGUCCGGCAGGCCCGAUGAGCGACGAGGAGAUCAUGAGGCUGGCGCACCGGAUCAGGAUCGCAGACAGGGGGGCCUUGCAGGCAGCGGCAGAGCAGCAGGAGGAGGGCGACCUGGAGGGGAGCCCGCGCCUCUGA